UCAGAAGUGUAGUUUUGCAAACAUUUAUUCGGGUUUGAUUUUAGUUCAAUUUUCUGUGCACUUCUUAGGAAUACAACCUCAUUUUUGAUGAACGCGUACUAUAGUACUGUACAGUAUUUAUAUAUGGGGUCAAGAUGGCUGUUUAUUUUUUUUUAAGGUGGUACUUUGUGUAACGUUUGGCAGUUGCGUAAGUCACUUUUGUGCGUCUAAGUCAUUCUCCUAGCGCACUAAAUUGUCUUAAAGACUGGACAUGGAACUUAAGUAACUCUCAGGGUUCUUCAAUAUUUUUAUUUAUAUAGCAAAGAACCCUCCGUCCUCUUCGGUUUCUUUCUCAGGUUCGAAAAACAUUAUGACAGUGAAUUUUCGAGAAUUGGAAGACUGACGCACCAGUGGGAGUUUGCGCCGCUUUUUUACUGCGCUCGAAGGACCACCCUGUCGGCGAGCCGUGACGUCACCGGGGGCGGAGUCCAACCCAGCGCACUUAAAUACCGCUCCGAGUUUCAUCCUGACCGACAGAAAACCACACAACCUUUGAGAAUCGCCUCUCCACACCUCCUCUCGCUUUCCAAAAGACUCGCACGCCAUGAUUAAGAAAAUGUCCCCGUCGGAGAGCGACUUUGACAUCCCGGCCAAGAACUGUUAUAGGAUGGUGAUCCUGGGCUCCACGAAAGUCGGGAAAACGGCAAUCGUGUCCCGCUUCUUAAACGGGAGGUUCGACGAGCAGUACACGCCGACGAUAGAGGACUUUCAUCGGAAACUGUACAGCAUCAAAGGGGACAAUUACCAGCUUGACAUCCUGGAUACGUCUGGCAACCAUCCGUUCCCUGCCAUGCGGAGGCUCUCCAUCCUGACAGGAGAUGUGUUCAUCCUGGUUUUCAGCCUGGAUAACAGAGACUCCUUCCACGAGGUGCAGCGCCUCAAGCGUCAAAUCUACGAGACCAAAUCGUGCCUCAAAAACAAAAUGAAAGAGAACCUCGACGUGCCCCUGGUCAUAUGCGGCAACAAGGGAGACCGCGAGUUUUACCGCGAGGUGCAGCGCGCCGAGAUCGAGGAACUGGUGGACGGCGACGAGAACAAGUGCGCCUAUUUCGAGAUCUCGGCCAAGCGCAACGAGAACGUGGACCGGAUGUUCCAGACCUUAUUCACCCUCGCCAAGUUGCCCCACGAGAUGAGUCCCGACCUGCACAGGAAGGUGUCCGUGCAAUAUUGCGACAUGCUGCACAGAAAGUCCAUGAAGAACAAGAAAAUGAAAGACGUCGGGGAGGCGUACGGCAUGGUGACGCCGUACGCGCGCAGACCCAGCGUGCACAGCGACCUCAUGUACAUUAAAGAGAAGGCGAUCGGCGGAGGGCAGGCGAAAGAUAAAGAAAGAUGCGUGAUCAGUUAAGAGGACUUGUUGGAAGAAAGUAUUUCAAGAGAGACCGGGGGUGGGGGGGGGGGGGCGCGGGGGGUGAGAAAAAGCCGGUUUGUGCGCGCACGUUCUGGCGCCGACGCGCAACUGUCGCCCCAUGGAUACGGAGCGGAUUCCAAAGAACAGCCCCCCCCCCCC